AUGAGCGAUAUUACUAGUAGUCACAUUGAGAGCUUUUUCCACCUCUUCAGCACCUAUAUAUUCUACAUAGAAGUCUUGAAUCAGGUGGAAGGUACAGGUCUAGAUUCGAUACAUGACGAUCCCAGAGACGAAUACUUCGAUAUUGUUAGAAAACAUCCUGGAUAUGUGGACUUCGCGAAAUAUUGGGAUGUCAAUCUAGCUCCAUGGAUACCCACCAUAAUCACUGAAUCUCGACCCCGUUUGGAGUGGUUUCAUUGGGAAUUCGUGAAGUACUAUGUGUCCGGCUUCAAGCAACGAGAAGAUCAGGAAUUCAAACUCGAUAACCGAAUUUUGGCUCUAAAGUGUAUCAGAUCCAAGAAGGCUUUGUUCAAAGAAGUUCCCCCUGGGCUCCAAUAUCGUGACUGCUACUAUGAGCUUGUUGAUAUCACCAGGCUUCUAGCUAUAAGGAUGUCGUUUGAUGAGAAAUUAUUGGUUAUUGAGGAGGCGCUAAACAGGAUUAAAGGGCAGAAUGAAGAAGAAAAAGAGGCCGCCUUUGCGACGUUCAAAGAAACGAACUAUGGAAGCGCCUUCAAAUAA